AUGUCGAAUAAAAUUGCUGACUACGAUGCCAUUGUCGUCGGUGCUGGCUUCGGCGGUAUUCGAUCACUCUGGGAGCUUGGCCAGCUCAGUCUCAGUGUUAAAUGUUUUGAGGCAGGGUCAGACGUCGGCGGCGCGUGGUAUUGGAAUUGUUAUCCUGGGGCUCGCACCGAUAGCGAAGCAUGGGUAUAUGCCCUGAACUUUGCGCCGGGAGUAAAAGAAGAAUGGAAUUAUAGUGAACGGUACCCUUCCCAAAAAGAGGUACAGCAGUAUCUGGGCCGAAUUGUAGAUAAGUUCGACCUACGCAAACACAUUGACUUCGAUACACGUAUUAAAUCUGCUCAUUAUGAUGAUGAAAGGAGAAUUUGGACCGUCACAGCUGCAAAUGGAACUUCCGUAACUAGCCGCUACUUUUUACCUGCUACCGGACCUUUGUCGGUUGCAAAGGCACCGCCUUUUCCGGGGCUCAAAAAGUACACUGGAAAAUGGUACCAGGCAUCUAGUUGGCCACAAAAUGAUGUUGAUUUGCGCGGUAAGCGCAUUGCUGUUAUUGGUACUGGCGCCACAGGAGUCCAAAUCAUACCCAAGGUUGCUUCUGUUGCGAAGCAGUUAACGGUGUUUCAACGUUCACCACCCUACGUUCUUCCAGGACGCAACUACAUCAUUGAUGAAAAUCAGGCAGAGGAAAUAAAAAGAGAUUUUGAUUCCACUUUGCAAGCUGCAAGCGAUCAUAAAGCCGGGUUAGCAAUGAAACUGCCAGAAAGAACGGUGAAGGGGGUAGCAGACGCGGAAAAAAUCAGACAAAUAUUUGACGCUGGCUGGGAGUGCGGAGGUUUCCACUAUCAGUUUGAAACUUUUGAUGAUCUUUUCACAGACGCCGAGUCUAAUGAGGUUGCGUCUGAGUAUAUUCGUCAAAAAAUUCGUUCCAUCGUUCAUGACCCAGGCACAGCCGAACUCUUGUGUCCCAAAUAUCCCUUCCUUUCUAAGCGUCCGCCCUGUGGACACUUUUACUAUGAGGCCUAUAAUCGCUCCAAUGUCAAGUUGGUUGAUAUAAGCAAAGAGGAAAUAGAUCUAUAUGAAAAGGGCAUCAGGACCAUUUCCGGAGACGAAUACGAGUUUGACAUAAUAAUUUUCGCUAUUGGAUAUGAGGCUGCCACCGGCGCGCUUACCGAGAUAGAUGUGCGAGGCAGUCAGGGCAGAUCGUUGGGGGAGAAUUGGGCCAAAAGAAUAGACACAUUCGCUGGUGUUCUUGUGCCCGGCUUUCCCAAUUUGUUUUUGAUUUGUGGCCCACACAUACCGUUUGGAAAUAUGCCAGUUGUGGUUGAAAUACAGGUCAACUGGAUUGGUAAAACCAUCAAUUAUAUGGAAAAGAACAAACUUACCGGAAUCGAAGUUAAUACAGAAACUGUGGACGAAUGGUCUGUUCAGCUCGAAAAAACAUUCAAUGCUACAGUGUUUGCAGAAUCGUCCAAGGCAUCUCGCUCUUGGUUUGUUGGUGCAAAUAUACCCGGAAAGCCUCAAAACGUCCUUUUUUAUUUUGGCGGCGUCCCUGCUUGGGCUUCUAAGCUGGAGGAAGAGAGCACGUCGGAGUGGGCAAGCAUGAGGUUUUUCCUCUGA